AUGAACUCCCUGAAUAUCCUGUCCUCCCGAGUAAUUGGACAGGCUCCCGGCUCCGGCUCACGCAAUCGCUCUCGUUCACAGGGCGACGCCUCUCCUGCGAACCUUCGUCACGACCUAGCAAAGUCUCGUUCGUACAGUGAACAACAAUUCAACUACAUCCUCCCCAAGGACGAAAAAGAGCUAGACGACCAUGAACCCUCGGUGUCGAGCUAUUCGCAUGACGGCACGAUAGAAUUCGAGAAAAAGACACAACUGAUUCAUCAGCUUCAAAAGACCGGUGCAGUUCCCGCGCCAAACCGGUUUUUUCUGAUUGCCCAAAGGCUAUUCGACGCAAUUGCCGAGACUAUUCAGGCCAUUCUUUCCACAAUCGCCGCUCCCGGUGUUUAUGUCGCGCAGACAUUUCGAGAUGAAGAUGGACAUUAUUCACCCAUUAUACCCUUCCGAAAGGUCCGGCGAUACGUGGCAUACCGCAACAUUGAGAAUGAACGUAAACGGUCUAGGAAGACGACGGCUCCACAGCGCAUCAAGGGAGAAAGCGAAAAGACCGGGACUCGGCGAAACGGCUCGUCUCGAAAACUGAGGGAUUCGCCCUCUCGAUCAUCAAUCGCAUCGUCAACAUCGGAGUCCGACGGUGACCGCGAGGCCUUGAGGCCGUCGAGCGCCAGGGAGCUUCGUGGCAAAGAAGCUACUCAGACAGAAGACAACACUCCGAGAAGGUCUAUACGCAUCAAGCUACAUAAUGAUGAAGCCCUGAAGCGACAAAAGAAACGGUCUCGAAGCACUGACCUUUCGCGCCAUUCGAUAGACGAGGACGAUCCUUCACCAGGCGCAGUCAUCACAGCAGAGAGCUUAAAGUCGCCAAUCUCUCCAUCAGCCUCCCAUCACAGAUUAACAAAAUACCCUCAUGCUCCUGCUCCUCCGCGACCACUAGUGCCGCUUCGGCAACCAUCCUAUAGUAUGCGGACACCGGGACGCAAUGCACCUACGAAAGUCCCCCAAAAGACCCUUGUUCUCGAUUUAGACGAAACCCUCAUACAUUCCCUGGCUAAAGGCGGCAGGAUGUCCAGCGGCCACAUGGUAGAAGUCAAACUAGCGACGCCAAUGGCAGCAGCUGUUGGUUCUGGAGAACCGCCAGUGGCCCAUGGUCCUCAGCAUCCAAUCCUCUACUACGUGCACAAGCGACCGCACUGCGAUGAAUUCUUACGAAAAGUUUGCAAAUGGUAUAGACUAGUCAUUUUUACAGCGAGCGUGCAAGAGUAUGCAGAUCCAGUGAUUGACUGGCUUGAGCAAGAACGCAAAUUCUUCCAGGCUCGUUAUUACCGGCAACACUGCACUUUGCGCAACGAUGCAUUUAUCAAAGAUUUGAGCUCCGUGGAGCCAAACUUGAGUAAAGUCAUGAUCUUGGACAAUAGUCCUACGAGUUACAUUUUUCAUGAAGAUAAUGCUAUUCCUAUCAAAGGCUGGAUAAGCGAUCCUACCGAUAACGGCCUGCUGAAUCUAAUUCCCAUGCUCGAAGCUCUUCAGUACGUUACUGAUGUACGAGCAUUCCUUGCGCUGAGGAGAGGUGAAGCCGAGUCGUGA